AUGGGUGAAGCACUGGUAUACCUGGUGACAGGAGGAUGUGGUUUCAUUGGAGAGCACAUUGUGGAGCUGCUGUGCAAGCAGGACUAUGUCAGUGAAGUCCGGGUCUUUGACUCAGUGGCAGGGGAGGAAGUGAAGAAGUUUGCCACAGCUACCACUUGUGUGACAGUGACGAAAGGAGACAUCCGAGACUACACUCUGCUCCUCUCUGCCAUGCGGGGAGUCCAUGUGGUUAUUCACACAGCUGCUAUUGUGGACUACAAAGAUACUGUACCCUUUCGGGAAAUGAAAGCUGUCAAUGUUGCUGGUACUGAAAAUGUGCUGAAGGCCUGCUGCACCCUGAGCAUCCCAUAUGUUGUCUAUACAAGUUCCAUUGCAGCUGUGGGACCCAACACUCGACAAGAACCCAUGCUGAGAGGAACAGAAGACACCAAGUACAGUGGGGAAGUGGAACUGCCUUAUGGGAAGACUAAGGCCAUGGCAGAAAAAUUGGUACUUGAAGCCAAUGGAAAAGAGCUAAGCAAUGGUGGCAAACUUGCAACAUGCAUCAUCUGUCCAAAUACCGUUUAUGGGGAGAAGUAUCUGGUUCUAAAGGACUUGUAUACCUUUGCCAAAGCCAAAGGGGGUGUGUUGGACUACCUGGACCCUGAAGAUACAGAACGUAAUUGCACAUACGUAGGAAACGUUGCAUGGAUGCAUGUGCUUGCAGCCCAGAACCUGCAGCUGAAACCAGAUGUACUUGCUGGGCAGGUGUAUUAUUCCUACGAUGACACCCCAAUAAGAAAAGGCUUCCUACCCUUCCUAAAUUUGCCUCUGCUGAAUACAAUAACCACCACCUUCUCCUAUGAGACAGACAAAGCCUUCAGGCAUUUUGGGUACAUCCCCCUCUACAGCUGGGGAGAAAGUAAACGCCGAACUACAGAGUGGUUAAAGUCAGCUACAAAGAACUCGAGAUCCCAUCAGCACCAUGGGAAAGAGAUCUAG